GCCAGCUCGGAUGUAGCUCGUCACACCUCUCGCUGCUCUCUGGCUGGUAUUCCUGUCUGCAAUCCUUCUUCGAUUCCUCAAAACCGAAACACCGGAAGUAAACAGAACGUAUCCUGCGACCGAUAAUUCUGUCGACAAGAUGGACACAAAUCCGAAGGCGAAUGAAGCUGCAGUUGUGAUUAUCGGUGCUGGCAUAUCAGGGAUGUGUAUUGCCAUCGAUAUGAUCCGACGAAACCGCAGCCGCAACUUUAUUAUUCUCGAGAAGGGCUCUCGGGUUGGCGGGACUUGGGGUGAUAACCAGUAUCCUGGGUGUUGCUGUGACGUCUGGAGCCACUUGUACUCAUACUCCUUCGAGCCCAACCCGAAUUGGAGCACAAUGUAUCCCGAGCAUAAGGAAAUACACGCCUACUUGGUUGGGGUUGCAGAGAAAUGGAGCUUAUUCCGUCAUAUCCGCUUCAACAGUCUGGUAGAAGAAGCCCGAUGGGAUAAUCAAGCCUAUAAGUGGACCACAAAAGUGCAAGUUCUCGGCGGGAAAGAUGCGGAAUAUACUCAAUCCUACACCGUCUCGUCGGACUUCUUGAUCUCGGGGGUCGGCCAGCUCAACUACCCGCUGUACCCCGACAUAGAGGGUAUGAAGUCUUUUGAAGGCAAGAUGAUGCAUACGGCCCGAUGGGAUUCCAGCUACGAUCUCAGCGGCAAACGAAUCGCAGUCAUUGGGAACGGCGCUUCGGCCGUACAAGUCGUUCCCGAAGUUGCCAAAACCGCCGCAUCAGUCGUUGUUUUCCAACGCACGCCGAAUUGGAUCAUCCCACGCCAGGACAAAUCUAUCAGUACCACGAUGCAGAACAUAUACCGCUAUGUUCCACUGGUUCGAAAACAAUAUCGCAAGAUGCUUAUGGAUUUUAGGGAGACGUUUCACGGCAUUGCCAUUGCAGACUCCGCUUUCAACACCGAGGCUCGACAGCUGUGUCUAGAGAUGAUGGAACGGCAGAUCCCAAACAACCAAAAACUGAGAGACGCUCUGACUCCAGACUAUACACCGGGUUGCAAAAGAGUCCUACUCUCCGAUGAUUACUAUGUCGCAUUGAAUAAACCUCAUGUCGCGCUUGAGACGGCCCCGAUUGAGACUUUCACUGCCAAGGGCAUCAAGACUACGGAAAGCGAAUACGAGUUCGACUUGGUGGUACUUGCCACCGGCUUCCGAACUACCCAGUUCAUGUUCCCGAUGAAAAUCUAUGGCGCAGAUGGGCAGGCCGUGGACGAGCUCUGGGAUAAACAGGGCGCCGCUCGGGCAUAUCUAGGAAUAGCCGUCGAGACCUUACCCAACUUUGCCAUGCUUUACGGGCCUAACACGAACUUGAGCCACAGCUCCAUCAUCCUCAUGAUUGAAGCACAGUCGCGAUACAUCAGCACACUAAUCCGCCCUGUCCUGUUGGCAUGGGCGAAAGGUGCUCGCUUAGCAAUACAGCCGAGUCCGCAAAGUCUAGCAUUGUACAACGCUAAGGUCCAGGAAAAUCUUUCGAAGACGACCUUCGCGGACCCCAAGUGCAACAGUUGGUACAAGAAUGCCGAGGGUGUCAUUACCACGAAUUGGUACGGGACUGUCGUGGAGUAUCAGAAGCUGACAUCAGUCGUUAACUGGGACGAUUAUAUUCUCUCCAGUCCCGAUCGGCGACAGAUCCUACCCAAAGGCAGGCUGGACAUCGGUCGAGUUGUUGAGGAAUCCACUCUUUCAACAUCUAGUUUAGUUUGGUCUCUUCUUGCAGUCAUGGCAGUUGUGGGUUGUGGAUUAUAUAACGGAGCUGUAACUUCUCUCUUCCGACUUCGAUCCUAGUCUGCGACGACCAGUCUAGCAUUUGGAUGCUAAUAUCGAUCCGGAGAGACCCCAACAUGACCCUUCCCCUACAC